GAGCGUGGUCCGCUUCAUCCUCGUCCAAUCCUGUGUUCACUGUGCAGUAUCCACAGAUCAAAACACUUCGUGGAGUGAGCUUGACAUUCUACUCGUCAGGAACCGUGGAGAAACGCUGGACUCGCUUGCGUUUCGGUGAUUCAGACCACACGACUAUAUAUUUUGCGACUGGAGGAAUCAACCAACAAAAAACGUCAAGAACUCAGGAACACAGGAAACGCAUUUUCAAUCACGAUGGGACCAUUCCAGGAAUACGAGGAAAAAAAAUCAUCUGGAAAGGAGAGCCCCCGCAGUCGCAUUCCACGUUUGGUCCUUCAUCCUUACCAUCUCAAUGACAAAGGGUCGCCAAAUUCCGAAUCACCCAUUUCAGAAGAGGAGGGAAAAGACUGUGACAUCAACUCGGACCGCUCCAAACGAACCAUCAGCACCAAUAGCUUUUGUUCAGAUGACACCGGCUGCCCCAGUAGUCAGUCAGUAUCCCCCUCCAAAACCCCGUCAGGCUCAGACAACAGUCCGCAAUGCUCCCCCACACCAGCCGCGGAGCGCAAGGCCAAGGUGAAGAGGGUCAGGGUGAUGGCAGAGUGGCACGCCCCCCCGCCGAGGCACAAGAAGGAGCAACGGUUGUCCACACUGCCCACAGGUAGCGAGGCAGACUUCAGCUCCUCCAGCAGUGCUGGCAGUCUGAAGAGAGGGGAGAGCGUGGCCCACAACUCCACCGGAAAGAAGACCUCCUCACGCAGUCGUGGUCCACAGAUCAGGAGCCUCCCAGUGUUCAUGCCACCAGGGACCCACAUGGCGUCCCACGAUGCCGAGCUUUACGCUCCGUACAGGACCCCAACCAGGACGAUCCCCUCACUGACAAACAGCAGCAGCAACUCCAGCCCAACUAUACCCUCCAGGGUGAGUCCCAGGACAUACCAUUCCUGUGGGGACAACCACGGCAUCAGACCCCCUAACCCAGAGCAGUACCUCACACCACUGCAGCAGAAGGAGGUGGCUGUUCGUCACCUGAGGAGCAAGCUGAGGGAGGCAGAGAACACUAUCCACGAUAGGGAGUCUGAAAUUGAGGAGCUGAAGUCCCAGCUGGGCCGGAUGAGGGAGGACUGGAUUGAGGAGGAGUGCCACCGUGUAGAGGCUCAGCUGGCUCUAAAGGAGGCGCGCAAGGAGAUCAAGCAGCUGCGGCAGGUGGUGGACACGAUGAAGAGCAGCCUAAUGGAGAAGGACAAGGGCAUCCAGAAGUACUUUGUUGACAUCAACAUCCAGAACCGCAAGCUGGAGUCCCUGCUGCGAAGCAUGGAGAUGGCCCAGAGCGGCUCUGCGCUCCAGGACGAGGCCACCAUGGACUUCAACGAUGACCCCGAGCAGGGGGAGGCAUGUGACCAGGCGGCAGAGAAGAUGGACGGCGAGCUGCUAGCUGACGCUGACGUGGCCGACUUCACGGGCGUCCUGGAGCGCGUGCUCAUGUCCACAGUGGUGGACGCAGACCAGGACACUAGCAGUAAGUCGCCCUACCCCCCCGAGGCUGACCCUGAGGUGUCCAGUCUACUACAUGGUGUGGAGAAGAAGCUCAUGCCUCCACCACCCCCUGCUGACACGUUCAGCUACGGCUCGCUCACCUUCCCUGCACCGGAGAAGGCUAUCCAGACCGAUGGGGUGAUCAUCCCGCCCGACCUUCACGCCCUUCUGCUUCAGUUGUUGAAGCUCCAUGGUGGGGUGGUCGGAGAUGCUCUCCUCCCAGGUUCUACUGCCCUCCUGGAACUUCCAGCUGAGCCAUCCGCCUUAAGGGUCCCCAGCCCCGGUCGCCGAACUCCGGCCAUUACAGUCAGCCCGGACACGUCCAGCGAUUCGGGUCUUUGUUGCUCCGAGCCCCAAGUGGCGGUCCGCAAGCGCUUCAUGGACGAGCUGGACUUCGAGGUGAGCACCAAGGUACCGCGCGUCCACCCAGGGAAGGGCGAAGUCAGUGAACGCUAUUGGAGCAGCAGCUUCCUGGUUGAUCUGGUUGCAGUGGCGGCGCCUGUACUGCCAACGGUGGCCUGGCUGUAUUCCAGGCACGGCGUGGACGGAGCAGCACCGGUCUACAACAUCGCAUCACUCAUUCGAGGCUGUUGCGUCAUGGGGUUGCACUCGCUCCGUCGCGCUACUCGUCAAGAAGGGGCAGACGUGUAACGACCUCCAACCCUCCACACUAACAGCCAGAACCUUCCAACUUAAAGCACUUCCAACUCCCGCUAAUCAAAGAGUACUUGUGGCAAUGUUUCCUUUUUUUUUUACACUUGUGAAUAUUAUUAUAGUUGUUACUUUAGGUUCCCACGCUGUUACUUUGCACUGUGUACAGUUUUUGCCUCGUUUAGGCAAACACUUUAGAAAUUAUGGUGGUGGGAUAUAUUAUUUAACUUUCUCUACGUUGUUGUCGUACUUUGGUCAGCUAAUCAUCUGGGUAGGUGGUUAUGUUGUAUUAAUAUUAUUUUGGUUAUUCUUAAUUUCCUGUGGUGGUACUAGCAACAAAGGUUAAUAAUGGUUUUUUUCCUGAAACUAUUAGAAUGUCUUGGGGUGGUGGUGAGAUUGAAUGAUUGUUGAUUUGAGCGAGUGUUCAUAACUAUUUUAUGUUCCAAACCUGCGGUCAAAAGCUUUAACUCUUCACCAUAAAUGUUUUUCCUCCCUAGGAGUAAUGCUUUCCGUGUGUAACAACUUGUUCUUAGGAGAUCAAUGCUUCAAAAAUCAACCCACACUUGUUUGUGCCUGAGCAACUAUGUAUGUGCAAUACUGUUUGUUUACAUGAAAUGUCCUUAUAUAUUUAAUAUUAAAGCAUGAUAACUCCACCCAC